UCGGCAGGCGGACUCUCAACCACCGCACCACCAGGAAAGCCCAGCAGUUCACCUUUUAGAGCCUCAGUUUGCUUACCUGAAAAUGGGAUGAUGGUAAUAUGUCCUCCAUCAGAUGGAAACAUUAAACAAGGUCCUGCACGGAGCUUAACAGGCACUUCACCUCCUGUGCGGACCCAGCCCUGUCCUGGACCAGGGCCCUCUCCUGGCUCCUCGGGGGAGGGGGGCUGAAAGCUUUACCUGAUAGCAAAGGGCUGGGGGCCAGGGCCACUGACAGGUCCCUGGUGUCCUCGUAACAACCCUGGUCCCACGUCAGAGGCCGCAAAGGCCCCCUAGCCUGCGCUGGUGUAGAGCUGCCCCGUCCACACAGCCCUUUGCCAGCGGCAAGUCAGGGUCAGGAGGACUUCCUGGUGGGGCCCGGCCUCCGGGACGCUGUGCUCGGGGCUCACAGGCCAGGGCUUCCCGCGUGGCCUUGUCCAGGUGCUCUGUGCCCAGUGGGGCCAUCCAGCCUCACGGCCAGCACGCUCUGUCACAACGCCGGGGCACCUGCCCCAGGCAGCCCUCGAAGCCCUCCGGGGGAGCAGCCUGGCCCAUCUCUCCACCUCUCCCCCAGGAGAGAAAACCCAAUCCCCACUGGGACAGCGGCCUCCUGGGAACCCAGACCCCAGGCUUGGGAAGGGGCGCCUUGUUUCCUGGCGGCUUUGCUCCAGAUUUCAGGAGAUCCAUUAUCAUGCAAAGUGUUGUCACGGAAACCCAGCUGCUGGGACUACAGAGGGUUGGGUGGGCAGCCCCAGCCUGGGAUGGGGGGUGGGCUUCAGGUCUGACAGGGAAGGAGGAGCCAGCAGCCAGUGGCUGCCCUGCUCCAGAGGGGUGGGGCGGGGGGAGUGAUGCUGGGGCCAGACGGCCUGUGUGUGUGCUCGCGCUUGUCUGUGGUCAGACGCGGUGCUGGGGGGACCUGACCAGCCUUCGCCUUCUCCACCUGGUUCCUGGCGGCUCAGCCAGUCCCACGACGGGGGACAGGUGCGUGCUGCUGUGAGAUGCCUUACUUGGGAGCAGCUCCCGCGGCUCGGUAGGGGUGGGAGGUGAGAAGGGGGGAAAGAGGCACUCCAUGUAGUGUCCCCACGGUGGGCAACUCCGCCCAGUCCUGCCAGGUCCUCCGCGGGCCGUGCUGUGGGGAGCGCGCCCCGGAGCUGUCCUGGUCAAGGGGCCGGGCAGCCCGGCUUUCCUUCCCCACCCCGUCCCUGCGUCGCCAGCGGGGCUGCUUCCAGGGCACUGGCUCCCGGGAACCUGUCUGGCCCGGCGCAGUCAGACCCGCCCGCCAGGCACGUCCGUGGGUGGCUGACAGCAUGCACCCGAUCCCCACCUGGAACCAGGGCCUCGGCCGGCGCUUCGGGACCUCCCACGCUGGGAGCCGCCGCGCCUGUGGAGCACGGGGUGCCGGCAGGUGGCCGGCAUCGGCCCACGAAGUUCACGCACGUGCGGAGGAGCUGGCUGUGGGGACCACGGUGUAGCCACAUUAGCACAGCCGCUGGGGUCAAGGGGCACAUGAAGCCCCAGUGGUCAGGGCUUAACCCCAGCCCUUCUCAGCCCUGACUUGGGUUACCCUUACUCUUGGGUGCCUUAAAAGAGAACCACUCGUAACUGCUGGGCAGGGAAAAUGACCCAGCGACUCGAAAACCACGUGGCAGUUCCCUUUAAAACUAAAAAUGGGCCUCCGUCAGCCUGGUGACCGCACUCCUAGGCGCCCACAACAGAGAAACAAAGUCUUGUCUUCGUGCAGAAACUUGUACGUGAACAUCUGCAGCAGCUUUAUUCGUAACACCUCCAGCCUGGGAACUGCCCCGGGGUCCCGUGGGUGACAGUGGGUCCAGCUCAGCCCUGGGCGGGAGCCCCCGCAGACCCAGCCCUGCGACGGCAGGAGGACGCCAGUCUCCAAAGGGCGCCGGCCACGCGAUCCCACCCGUACAACCCCGUGCAGCCACGUCCUCACACAGAGGGGGGCAGAUCCGUGGUGGCCGCGGCUGGGGUGCGGUGGAGGGAGGAUGUGGCUGCCGGCAGGGGAGCAGCCGGGAGCCUCCUCGACCGUGGGGCGACACGGAGCCGCACACGGCAUAGAACCGCAUCGAGCUGCACGCUCACACACACACUCAUACACACGUACACCCUAACACACACACACACACACACAGACACACAUACACACAGCAGAGCAAGCAUCCUGGAGCGGGGUGCUGAGGCGGGGCCCCGGCUCACCAGCAGCUCACAGCCCUCCCCUCGGCCUCAUCUCCUCGGCAGACAAGGGCGGGCGGUCAGUCAAAGGGAAGCCAUGCCAUCCAGGUCCCGACUGGCUCCUCCCGCCUGUCUUCCAGCUGUGGCUGAAGGGCGAACCCCAGCUCAGCCCCCUUCUGCGAUGGACGUGAAGGCCCCCAAGGGGUCCCACCAGGGUAAGAAGAGUAAGAACAGGACCGAGGAGAAGUUUGCCAGGAAGUUUCCGUACAGGUUUUCCUGGCUGACGGAAACCAACGCGGAGCCCCUGCAGCCCUGGGAGGUCACGAAGACGAGCAGCUCGCUGCGGGAGCAGCUGCCCCUGCAGAAGACGUUGGUGCCCACGAGGUCCGUCCCGGUCAGAGGGCUGGGGGCCCCGGAUUUCCCUCCACUGUCCGGCCUCCGGCCGCCACCGUCACCACCAAGCAACGUCUGGGAGCUGGUGCUGCUGAGCCGCCGCUUCCCCGGGUCCGCGCUUCCCCCCACCGGCCGAUGCCGCCCGCCCCCGCGGGGGCCCCUCCUGGAGCCCAGCUCUGCGCCGCCUCUCUCUCGGCCACCCGUUCCCCGGGCGCUCAGGGCAGCGGCUCCGGGAGCUCCCUUCAGGCUAAGGUGACCUGUGGGGAGGCGGGCAGCCCUGAGGAGCCCCGGAAAGGUCGCCCCGCGAAUACACGCUGCAGGUUCCCACCCCCUUGGAAGGUCGUCUGCAUGUCCGGCUGUGUGUUCUCAUCCAUAAAAUGGGGUGACGGUCAAUUCUGCAGCGUGUGAAUAUCAUUUCCAAGAAUCUACCCCAAAGCUAUGCUCACACACGUAAGUAAAGAUGUUUGGACGAUGAUAUUCAUUCCAGCGCCGCAGGAAAUAGCAAGUGAUUGGAGGCCACCUAAAUGUCUGUUAAUGGCGGCUUUCAAUCGUGCCACGGCUGCACCGCGAAGCAUUAGACAGGCGUUAGAAAGAAGCAGCAGCCCUUUACAUGCUGACCUGGAACAAUCUACAGAGGACGUUCAGGUAUUUUUUUAGAGCACAGCAGGGAGUGUCUAAAAUGCUGCCAUCUGUGUAUAUUAGAAAGCGGUGUGUGGGUGUGUGCAUGUAUGAGCGUGCACGUGUGCGUGGGCAUGUGCACGUGGGUGCGAGUGUGGAGCAGGUAACUUUUGGGUAGAAAAGCUGGGGACUUGGAGACGGGCAUACCGUUUUCUAAAUGUUUACUGCGUGAACCUAACAACCUCGUUGUGGGUGUUUUACAACUCUAAAGAGAAGACUUGGGGAAUGGAAGAGGGGCUCCCGGCCCGCUGCAAUCCAGCCUGCGGACUCCCCUGGCAUUCGCAGGAGCAGCAUAUGUGGGAGGGUGGCGGCUGAGCAUGUAAAGGUUGCCCUCCGUUCUAGUAAGACAGGGGCUAGGACGUCAUCUCGGAGCCUUGGGAAAGCACUCAGACUGGGACCCUCACUGUAGCCCUCCCCCUGGGAGAGAGAAGGGGGUGGGGACCCUGGGGAGGACCAGGGUGGCCGCCCUUAGCAAUGUGGACAAGUGUCCAUCUCUUUCCAAUAGAUGUUUGGUUGUUUCCACUCUUUGCUGUGGUGGGUGAGGCUGCUCUGAGCCUUCCUGUCCGGUCCUGUCCCCUGGCACGUUGUCUCCAGAGAAGACUUGCUGGCCAGAGUGCCCCUGAGCACCCACCCUCACCUGCAGGCACCACACUGUUUCCCGAGGGUCCCUCUGCACGUGGCCAUGAGCAGCUGACAGACAGAGGCUCCUUCAGCCCCACCUCCAGGCUGCACUGGCUGUGGCUCCAGAGCGUUUAGGAAACGGAGCUGGAGGGCGCGUGGGGCAAAGCCGGUGGUUCUGUCGUAGAAAAAGCUCAGCCAGUCCCCUGAAUCCAGUCCUAAAAUGUGCUGCUCGUCAGGGGCUCCUCCCCUGCGAGUUCUCGCUAAAGAGAGAACGUUUAGGGAGUAAGGAACUCUCUGUUGGUCUCGAUGUGUGCUGAGCGUUCGUACAUGAGGUCCUCAGAGAAGAAAACGAGUUUUGGGAAGCACCUCACAGACAACGCGCGACACGCUGCAUGUCUGACAGCAGGAGAGGCUGAGCAGGGUUCUCGGUGCAAAGUCACCCCACGGACCAGAGAAAUGACCACGGUGGCCCGUGUGGCGCAUGGGGCGUGUUGCCAGAGUGCAGGGGCAGCCGCCCAGACCUCGAUUGUCCUGGUGCCCUGAGUGCCAGCAGAGCCAAACGCACAGCACAGGGCUGAGGACUGCUCCUAAGGAGGAGGUCGCGGGUGCCGGCCCGCCUUCCAGGAGUUUCUCCUACAGUCACACGCGUGCGUAGGACCAGGUGUGUGCAAGGACGCAGGUGUGCCUAAAUGCCUAUCGCUGAGGGACCAGUGAAAUAAAAGCAAGUCUGCAGUGGGCAGUGGAUCCUCCCCAGAGCGGGUCUGGAGACAGGGAUGUGGAUGCAACUGGUUCAGUUGGGGGGAGGUUCCAGGAAGCGCCACCGAACAGCAGGGAGAGCCUCACCGCAGGCACCUGGGGCUGAGUCCCGGGAGGCCUCGUGCAGUUUCCCACCUGAGGGGCAAAAGCUGCAGGGCCGGUCCCCUUGUUCCACCAGACGGGGCUGACGGCUUUUCCCUGGAAGCAGGCACUUCGAAGGGCGCUCCCUCU